CGAAAUCAUUUGGUCUGGCCCUGCCAAGGCAUUAGAGGUGUGUCCUGUUCUCACUGGGGCUUUCGCCACUGCCAGGAGUGACCCACGAAGGUUGCAGAGAUGGCUGGGGCCUCAGUGAAGGUGGCGGUGCGCGUCCGCCCCUUCAAUUCCCGGGAAAUGAGCCGUGACUCCAAGUGCAUCAUCCAGAUGUCCGGAAGCACCACCACCAUCGUUAACCCCAAACAGCCCAAGGAGACGCCCAAAAGCUUCAGCUUCGACUACUCCUACUGGUCGCACACCUCGCCCGAGGACAUCAACUAUGCAUCGCAGAAGCAGGUGUACCAGGACAUCGGCGAGGAGAUGCUACAGCACGCCUUCGAGGGUUACAACGUCUGCAUCUUCGCCUACGGCCAGACGGGGGCCGGCAAGUCCUACACCAUGAUGGGCAAGCAGGAGAAGGACCAGCAGGGCAUCAUCCCACAGCUUUGCGAGGACCUGUUCUCCCGCAUCAAUGACACGACCAAUGACAACAUGUCCUACUCCGUGGAGGUCAGCUACAUGGAGAUCUACUGUGAGCGUGUCCGCGACCUCCUGAACCCCAAGAACAAGGGCAACCUGCGUGUGAGGGAGCACCCGCUGCUGGGGCCGUACGUGGAGGACCUCUCCAAGCUGGCCGUCACCUCCUACAAUGACAUCCAGGACCUCAUGGACUCAGGGAACAAGGCCAGGACUGUGGCCGCCACGAACAUGAAUGAGACCAGCAGCCGCUCCCACGCCGUCUUCAACAUCAUCUUCACUCAGAAGCGCCACGAUGCGGAGACCGACAUCACCACAGAGAAAGUGAGCAAAAUCAGCCUGGUGGACUUGGCUGGGAGCGAGCGGGCUGACUCCACAGGCGCGAAGGGCACGCGGCUCAAGGAGGGAGCCAAUAUCAACAAGUCCUUGACUACACUGGGGAAGGUCAUCUCUGCUCUGGCUGAAAUGGACUCUGGGCCCAAUAAGAACAAGAAAAAGAAGAAGACAGAUUUCAUUCCCUACCGAGAUUCUGUGCUGACCUGGCUCCUCAGGGAGAACCUGGGUGGGAACUCGAGGACGGCGAUGGUGGCGGCCCUGAGCCCCGCAGACAUCAACUACGACGAGACCCUGAGCACGCUGAGGUACGCGGACCGGGCUAAGCAGAUCCGCUGUAACGCCGUCAUCAACGAGGACCCCAACAACAAACUGAUCCGUGAGCUGAAGGAUGAGGUGACCCGGCUGCGGGACCUGCUGUAUGCCCAGGGACUUGGGGACAUCACCGACACCAACACUGUGCCCGGAGGACCCAAAUUGACCAACGCCCUGGUGGGCAUGAGCCCCUCAUCCUCGCUCUCGGCCCUGUCCAGCCGCGCGGCCUCUGUGUCCAGUCUGCACGAGCGCCUCUUGUUUGCCCCGGGCAGUGAGGAGGCCAUCGAAAGGCUGAAGGAGACAGAGAAGAUCAUAGCCGAACUCAACGAGACCUGGGAGGAAAAGCUUCGGCGGACGGAAGCCAUCCGGAUGGAGAGGGAAGCCCUGCUGGCCGAGAUGGGCGUGGCCAUGAGGGAGGAUGGCGGCACUCUGGGUGUAUUCUCUCCCAAAAAGACGCCACAUCUUGUCAACCUGAACGAGGACCCGCUGAUGUCUGAGUGUCUUCUCUACUAUAUCAAGGAUGGGCUCACCAGAGUGGGCCGUGAGGACGGGGAGAGGCGGCAGGACAUCGUCCUGAGCGGGCACUUCAUCAAGGAGGAGCACUGUGUCUUCCGGAGCGACUCCAGAGGCGGGAGUGAAGCCGUGGUGACCCUGGAGCCCUGUGAGGGGGCAGACACCUACGUCAAUGGCAAGAAAGUCACGGAGCCCAGCAUCCUUCGGUCAGGAAACCGCAUCAUCAUGGGGAAGAGCCACGUGUUCCGGUUCAACCACCCUGAGCAGGCGCGGCAGGAGCGCGAGCGCACGCCCUGCGCGGAGACUCCCUCAGAGCCUGUGGACUGGGCCUUCGCCCAGCGCGAGCUGCUGGAGAAGCAGGGCAUCGACAUGAAGCAGGAGAUGGAGCAGAGGCUCCAGGAGCUUGAGGACCAGUACCGCCGGGAGAGGGAGGAGGCCACCUACCUGCUGGAGCAGCAAAGGCUGGACUAUGAGAGCAAGCUGGAGGCCCUGCAGAAGCAGAUGGAGUCCAGGUACUUCCCAGAGGUGAACGAGGAGGAGGAAGAGCCAGAGGACGAAGUCCCGUGGACGGAGAGGGAGUGCGAGCUGGCGCUGUGGGCCUUCCGGAAGUGGAGGUGGUACCAGUUCACGUCGCUGCGGGACCAGCUCUGGGGCAACGCUAUCUUCCUCAAGGAGGCCAACGCCAUCAGCGUGGAGCUCAAGAAGAAGGUCCAGUUCCAGUUUGUCCUCCUCACGGACACACUCUACUCCCCACUGCCUCCCGACCUGCUGCCCCCAGAGGCUGCCAAAGACCGAGAGACGCGACCCUUCCCCCGCACCAUCGUGGCUGUGGAGGUGCAGGACCAGAAGAACGGGGCCACCCACUAUUGGACGCUGGAGAAGCUCAGGCAGCGCCUAGACCUGAUGCGGGAGAUGUAUGACCGGGCAGCCGAGGUGCCCUCCAGCGUCAUCGAGGACUGUGACAACGUGGUGACUGGCGGAGACCCCUUCUACGACCGGUUCCCCUGGUUCCGGCUGGUGGGCAGUUCAGUCAUCUCUGGCUGCAGCAGCUACCCUCUUCUCAACACGUGCAUGAGCGCGCGCAUGGCUGCUCUCACCCCCUCCCCCCCCUCCUCGAGCCCCGACUCCGACACCACCGAGCCUGCGGAGGAGCAGAGCCUGGGGGAGGAGGAGGAGGAGGAGGAGGAGGAGGAGGAGGAGGAGGAGGAGGAGGAGGAGGAGGAGGAGGAGGAGGAGGAGGAGGAGGACCUGGAGGACGACGUCUUUCUGGAGCACGCGCUGUGCCACGGCCGGGACCCGUUUUACGACCGGCCCCCCCUGUUCAGUUUAGUAGGAAGGGCCUUCGUGUACCUGAGCAACCUGCUGUACCCCGUGCCCCUGGUGCACCGAGUGGCCAUCGUCAGCGAGAAGGGCGAGGUGAAGGGCUUUCUCCGUGUGGCCGUGCAGGCCAUCUCAGCCGAUGAAGAGGCCCCUGAUUAUGGCUCGGGCGUCCGCCAGUCAGGAACAGCCAAAAUCUCCUUUGAUGACCAGCAUUUCGAAAAGUUCCAGUCCGAGUCCUGCCCUGUGGUGGGGAUGUCUCGUUCCGGGACCUCCCAAGAAGAGCUGCGCAUUGUGGAAGGCCAGGGCCAGGGCGCAGACGCGGGGCCCUCCGCCGACGAGGUCAACAACAACACCUGCUCAGCGGUGCCUCCGGAAAGCCUCCUCCUAGACAGCCCUGAGAAGGCCACCCUGGACGGGCCCCUGGAUGCCGCCCUGGACCACCUGCGCCUGGGCAGCACCUUCACCUUCCGCGUGACCGUCCUGCAGGCGUCCAGCAUCUCUGCGGAGUACGCUGACAUCUUCUGCCAGUUCAACUUCAUCCAUCGCCAUGAUGAGGCCUUCUCCACGGAGCCCCUGAAGAACACGGGGAGGGGCCCCCCACUUGGCUUCUACCACGUCCAGAAUAUUGCCGUGGAGGUGACCAAGUCCUUCAUCGAAUACAUCAAGAGCCAGCCCAUCGUGUUCGAGGUCUUCGGCCACUACCAGCAGCACCCAUUCCCGCCCCUCUGCAAGGACGUGCUCAGCCCCCUGAGACCCUCACGCCGCCAUUUCCCACGGGUCAUGCCGCUGUCCAAGCCAGUGCCCGCCACCAAGCUCAGCACGCUGACACGGUCCUGCCCUGGGCCACGCCACUGCAAAUACGACCUGCUGGUGCACUUUGAGAUCUGUGAGCUGGAGGCCGACGGCGAUUACAUCCCUGCAGUGGUGGACCACCGUGGCGGCAUGCCGUGCAUGGGGACCUUCCUGCUCCACCAGGGCAUCCAGAGACGGAUAACCGUGACACUGCUGCACGAGACGGGCAGCCAUAUCCGCUGGAAGGAAGUGCGAGAGCUAGUCGUGGGUAAGAUGCUGAGGCUUGGCGACCCCAACCUAGUUCAGGCUUUGGGUCUCGGGCUGCCCACGAGCUUUGCCACAGCCCCGGCCUCGCUGCUUGAGGCCCCACGCUUUGCAGCCUCCCUGGCUCAGAGCUUCUUCACCCCCCUGGCUGAGUCCCUCUGCCCCUCUCUCGGUUUUGGCUGCUUUGGUAGUUGGCUGCCCUCCCGUAGACACUGGCUGGCUCCCGCUCCUCCCACCCCAAGCCUUGCCCCCCCUGUGCCCGCCCGACCUCACCCUGCCGGAGAGCAGCGGGCGCUCUGCAUGCAGGCUGGCUGGCCAGGCUCCCCAAAAGGUGACAGAGAAAAGAGGGAGGGAGUGAAGCCACCCCGCCAGAUCUCCACCUCUGCCCCUUCUACCCCUGAGUGUGAGCCCUCACCUGGCUGUGGCCACCACACACCCUUUAGGAACGUUUCAUUCGGAAAUGACACUAGGACCUUCUACCAGUUCGAGGCUGCGUGGGACAGCUCCAUGCACAACUCCCUCCUGCUGAACCGCGUCACCCCGUACAGAGAGAAGAUCUACAUGACCGUCUCUGCUUACAUUGAGAUGGAGAACUGUGCCCAGCCGGCCGUCAUCACCAAGGACUUCUGCAUGGUCUUCUACUCCCGAGACGCCAAGCUGCCCGCCUCGCGCUCCAUCCGAAACCUGUUCGGCAGCGGGAGCCUGCGGUCCUCGGAGAGCAACCGUGUGACCGGUGUGUACGACCUCAGCCUGUGCCACGUGGCCGACGCGGGCAGCCCAGGGAUGCAGCGGCGGCGCCGUCGGGUGCUGGACACGUCUGUGGCCUACGUGCGGGGUGAGGAGAACCUGGCGGGCUGGAGGCCCCGCAGUGACAGCCUUAUCCUGGACCACCAGUGGGAGCUGGAGAAGCUGAGCCUGCUGCAGGAGGUCGAGAAGACCCGGCACUACCUCCUGCUGCGGGAGAAGCUGGAGACCACCCAGCGGCCCGUCCCCGAGACGCUGUCCCCGGCCUCCAGCGAGGACUCGGAGUCCCACAGCUUGUCCAGCGCCUCCUCUCCACUCUCGGCUGAUGGCCGAGCGUCGCCCCCGGAAACUCCCAACGAGAGGCAGCGGGAGCUGGCCGUCAAGUGUUUGCGCCUCCUCACGCACACGUUCAACAGAGAGUACACACACAGCCACGUCUGCAUCAGCGCUAGCGAGAGCAAGCUCUCUGAGAUGUCCGUCACACUGCUGCAGGACACGUCCCUGUCCCCUCUGGGGGUGGCCACGCUCACUCCCUCCUCUACCUGCCCCUCUCUGGUCGAAGGGCGGUAUGGAGCAGCUGACCUGAGGAGCCUGCAGCCCAGCUCCCGGCCGGCCAGCCCGGAGCCCGAGAAUGUGCCAGAGGCUGAUUCCAAGAAGAUCCCCUCCCCUGCUCGGGCCACGGAAUCGGACAAGGAGCCCCAGCGCCCGCUGGUUCCCGACAUCCAGGAGGUCCGGGUCAGCCCCAUCGUCUCCAAGAAGGGCUACCUGCACUUCCUGGAGCCGCACACGGCCGGCUGGGCCAAGCGCUACGUGGUGGUGCGGCGGCCCUACGCCUACAUGUACAACAACGACAAGGACACGGUAGAGAGGUUUGUGCUCAACCUCUCCACCGCCCAGGUGGAGUACAGCGAGGACCAGCAGGCCAUGCUCAAGACGCCCCACACGUUCGCCGUGUGCACGGAGCACCGUGGCAUCCUGCUGCAGGCCAGUAGCGACAAGGACAUGCACGACUGGCUGUACGCGUUCAACCCUCUCCUGGCCGGGACCAUACGGUCCAAGCUUUCCAGAAGGAGGUCUGCCCAGAUGCGGGUCUGAGUGGAAGACACCCCCCCUCCAGACAGCCAGCAGGCCCGGCCUGCCCCCUCUCACCAUCCGUCUGUCUUUGCCACCCAGUCCUUCCCACCAGACAGCCAACAAGUCCCCUCCUCCCAGGGACGCUGUGCUGGGCCAGCGAGCCUGCCUCUGGCCGGGGACCUGCACCACAUGACUGUCAUGCUCCCAGUGGAGGCCGUGUUGUCAUCAUUCCUUCUCUGAGACUGUGCCCUGGGGGAGGGGGGGAAGAGCUGGGAGACGCUGGAGAGACCGGAGGGCACCAGUCAGGGGCAUCGGUGACGUUCUCAUAUUUUUUUAAGCAUAGACAGACUUAUAAUUAAUAUACAGUAGUUAGCGACAUGGAAGCAGUCCACUCAGAAGUUAACUAUAAGACUGUAUUCUAUUUAUAAGUAUUUAUUUCUAACGACCUUUAGGAUUCAGAUGGACCCUGUCCCCGCUUGUUCCCACACCAAUCUCCCAAGCCUCUUAGGGACAGAUAGGGUGGGCAGCUGCCUCAGAAGACCACAGUGAGGUUGGUGCCACUGGGCCACCUGCCUGAGGCCUCUCCCCAGCUGCCCAUGGGGCAGAUCCUCGUCCUGGGGUGUGUGCCUGAAGUCCCAGCAGCACAGAAGGUGGCGUGUGUCCCUUCUAGCAGGAGGUACAGCCACAUCCGACCUGCACAGCAGCCGCCUGAGCUGUGACUCCCAGCAGUGCCAGUGCAGCUCCCGGGAGGGUGUGGGAGGUGAGGCAGUGGUAGGGCUGCAGGGGCUAUGCUGGUGGGGCCGGGGAGGAAGGACAGGAGCCCACGCUCGUGCCGUGUGUCCAGGCAGGUGGGGCGAGGCUGGCUGGGGUUAGAGGUGGUCCAGGGUGAUGGUCCAGGCAGCGAGGGGCUUGAGGUACAGCCUCUCCAGUUGCUGUGAGAAAUGGGGUGAGCUCCAGGUUGCUUCUGGAAGAAAGUCUGAGAUUUCCCCUCUUUGCCCCGAGAGAAGAGAGUUCCGUGAGUGCCAUGGGCUCCUCCUCCCCCUUCUGCAUCAGAUGUGCCACCAUUCUCUUGUUCUGGCCCCUCUGCAGACCCUGUGCCCAAGGGUUGGCCAGGACAGGACAGGAGUCAGCGCAGGCCACGAGUCUGGCCGAGGGUCCUGUCUAGGCCCUAAACCCAGCAGAGAAACCACAGGGGUCUCCUGGGAACUGUUCCCACACCCGAGGCACAUCGGGCCUCUUUUUAGCUCAAGAAAAAAAAACACUGCAAAACUGUCCCCAGCAGAGCGGCUUCACUUGGCCCCAGUUCAUGCCCAGCCUUGCUGGUCCACAGCUUUCUCUGGCAACUCCCUCCAUCCUUGCCAGCCCCUGCUGGGCACCGUUCACUGACACCAGUUUCCACUCGGCUUGGAGGACUCCAGCUCACCCUGGAGACAGUGGUUCUGAGACCCACACUGUCCCGCGUGGUGCUGACAUGACACAUGGACAUUCUCACGGUUCCGGCCACUGAGGCCAGAGGUGCCCCCAGCUCCUUCCUCUGGGGAUGUGUGGUGUGGGCUUCGUCCGAGGGACAAGGAUCCAGUGUGGUUUUCCUUUGGGGAAGUUGUUCAGGCCCCUUAAGCUUGGCCUCAGAUGAGGGAUGCAGGAGGGCGGACCCUGUGGCAGCGUGUGUGCCCGCCAGCCUGCACCAGCCCAGCUCGAGGCUGACAGCCCUUCUGUGCCUGGACAGCGCUCCUGAGGGGAAGCUGCCAGCAAGCGUCAGGGCCCAGGACCGCGUCUGUGCGCACAUUGUCCAGAAGCAGGGACAGUGCUCACCUCCACAGGUGUUCCCGGAGGUGAUGGGCUGAGACACACAGGAGAGGAGCUAGUCUGGGACAAACACUGGCUUCUAUGACAGCCUGUGGCGGGGAGAAGCAGGGAGGGGCGAGUGCUAAGAGAGUCAGGCUCCCCAGGGCCCAGCCAUGGCCCACUCAGGUCAGCCAGCCUGAGGGCAUGGCCCCAAGAGGGUCUGAGGCCUUUGCACGAGGGCACAGGUGUCUGAGGCCAGCCAACCUGCAGAGCACCUGUGUCCUCGGCAGGGCCAAGGGAAGGGGCCCCCGAGAGGGUUUUCGGAAUCUCCCCAAAUUCAGGAGCCUCCCCAGCCAUGGAGGCUUCCAGGGACCGUUUCAUCCUGGCCUGGGCCGUCUCAGCAGUGAUGAGGAGCCAGGCGUGGACCUGGCGUCCCUUCCGGGCCGGCUGUAGCGGGAGGUCCUAGGUCCGAGUCCAGACACCCAGAGUGGCCGGAGAGGAAACCCACGAGGAGUCAGGAAGCCUGGUCUCUGUGCCCGCCCUGCCCGAACCUCCAUGUGUCAUGUUAGCUGAGACAAGUCGUUUAUCAAACCGGGACUUCGUUUCCACAUCUGUGACAAGCGAGGCUCAUCUGGGGGCCCCCGAGUUUGCACCCUUUGGGGUGCAGAGAGCAAAGUCAGGUCUGGUGUGGCUUCUGUUCCUGCUGAGUAGGGAGGAGAGAGAGAUCCAGAAAGCAACUCUGGUGGUUUUUGUUUGAAUGCUUGAUGCUGCUCAGGCUGCGGCCUCGUUUUGUUUGAAAGACACCAUUCUCGUCCGGAUCCGCUCUCUGUCCCCCCAGCGGAGUGUGAGUUCCUUCCAGAGGCUCUAGGGAGAGGUCCCAGGGGGGAUGCUGGGCUCGGCCGGCCGGCCAUGGGCUCCAACCUGGCUGGUGUCCAGGGUGUGUGAGAUGCUCAAUAGUUGCAAGGACUCCCUGUUCUGAAUAACCACUCGUGAGAUGACAAUGUUUCAUUUCAGCCACACACACAUACACCCAGGUGGCUGUGUGAGGCAGUCCCACCUCAGGCGGGUGUGGCGAAGUGCUCGGGGAGGUGUGAGCAGGUUGCCACGCUGGUCCUCCCGACAACAGGCUGUGGCUUCUUCCUGGGCCUGUGCUUCCUGUAGCUGCCUGUUCCCGAGGCUCCCUGCGGCUUGUACAUACGUGGUUGUGUGGCACACCCACCCCUGCACCAUAACUGCCAUCCUGCCAUAAUGACUCCAGUUCCCCAACGUCCUGACCCCGAGUGUUAGCUCUAGGCUCCUGUACUGUGUGUGUGCACCUACGCUCUGUCCAGUUAUGAAAUAAACGUGGUUCCUCACGCAGCCCCGA